AUGCCUAGAGGAAAAAAAAAACCUACUCGUAAAAACGUUACAACUGCUUGUCUAGAAUGUAAAAAGAGUAAAACCAAGUGUACUGGAAACACUCCGUGUGGGAAUUGUACAAAGAGAGUCAUGAAUAGGUGUAAAGCUUGUAAAAAUAAUAUUAAAGAUACAGAUAUAUCCAAACUUGAAGCUUGUGGCAAAUGCAAAACUCAAGCAAGCAAAUCUUGUGAAUUUCCACAAGAAAAACCCAGGCGUGGGCCACCACCUAGGCAAACGAAUCAAAAGGCAAUAAAUUAUACCCCAUUCGAUAUCAAAGAUAAAAAUAUCUUUGGUGAAGGAAUGUUGUUCGAUAAAGAAUCAAUGAAUAUUGAGGAAUAUAAUAGUGUAAAUGAUGACUCGUUGUUCAGCGAGUUUAUCAUUUUCGAAGAGCCAAUAUCUGAAGAAGAUGAUAAAUUAUCAUCAACGUCAACAAUAUCGACGUCAACAAUACCAACGGCAACAAUGCAAAUACCAACAGAUACAGCAAUUAUACCAGGACACCUUCCAAGAACAGAAAUGGACCUAUUAUUGGGUCUCUCUCAAGCACCACCAAGUAUCAUUGUCCCCCUAGAGGGGCAAUACACCGCAGGCACGCAAUAG